AUGGCCACACCUGCAUUUGCCCAGGAAGAAGAGAAAAUGGAAUCAUGCAUCAUCGUUGCCGAUCGUGCAUCUUUUCGACCCAGAGACUCCCAUUCUCAGAGAGCUUCUGGUGCAAGCAUGAAGCCAGCCAACAGAUCCCCGCCCGCAGCAGUGACAAAACGACCUCGUGGGCGACCGCGGAAAGCCAAAAACAACACAGCUGACACCGCUAUCGUUCUCUCUGACAGCGAGUCCGAUAGGAUAUCGCGAAGUAGAUUGAACAGAAAAAGACCUAGCAGCGAAGUUGACCCUGAUGAGCUCUCGCCAACCACGAAGCGACCCGCGACUUCCGCGUCCACACCGAUCAGUGGCAUUUCUUCCACGCGCUUUGAACUCGAUCAACUCCAUCGGCAACUUGCUUGCGAGAAGAAGCUUCGCGCAGACGCGGAGCGGAAAGAGGCUGAACUUCAAGCAGAGCUAGACCAGAGGGAGGCUUCAUGGGCUGCCGAUCUAGCAGCGCAUACAACACCGCUCCAGAACGAGCUACAGAGACUUGCCAAGGAGAAAAAUGACCUCAUUGCGGAGUACGAAAAAGUCAAGUCACGACUUCGGGCAGCCUCGGACGGGGACAAGGAUCACGAAGUUGAUGUCAACAUCGCCGAGAGCUGUAUGCCUGACACAGUGAACUCAAAGGACAAAAUCCAGGACAAGAACCUUCUGGAGGCAAGAGAGCGUCUGGCUGAAGCAGAGAAAGAGAUUCUCGACCUACAGAGAGACCUGGAUGCCUCAAGCUCGAUACGCUCCAAGGUGGAGAAAGACCUGGUCGUGUCCGGCGAGAAGCGCAAAGUGGCCGAAGACAAGCUGCGGGAGAUGGUAGAGACGCUGGCGGCGGAGAAGAAGGCUCGCGAAGCUGCUGAGGAUAGCCUGAGAACCACCAGGGAAGAGAUCACAGCAGUGGAGAUCAGGCGCAAAGAAGGCGAAGAGAAGACGUUGCAGCAGCUGACCAUCAUGGUAAACAAGCGCAAACAGGCUGAAGACAAAUUGAAGAUGAAGGAGCAGCAUCUUGAAGAAACCGAGAAAAUGCUCCAUCGAAGCAAGGAAAUAAUCAGCAGGCUCGAGCGCCAACAGGCCGCCAUGGUUGGGGAAGCGCAAGCCCGGUUGAAGGAAAUGGCGACUCUAGAGAGCAAGGUGGCCGCGCUAGAGCGGGAGAACUGGCAGCUGAGCCAGGAUGUGUCCAAAGAGAGUCCUCAUCACCGAAAGGAAUUGGCACACUUGGCAGGCGAGAACGAUGCUCUGAGGAGGCAAUUGGCUGCACAGGAAAGCUUGCUCUCAAAGCUGCAACACGAGCACAAUCAAGGGAUCCCAUUACCGGCUCGCGCCAGCGAGGGUGCCAAGACUCUAAAGAUGCAGCCAGGGGCACAAAAAGGGAUGAUGCUGACUGCAGCAUCAGACAAUGUUGGCCGGCAGAUGACUGAUCAGCAGCAUGAGUCCAAUAAGGGUCGCGAGAACGCCGCCAAGUCAACGGAGGAGGAGUUGAGCUGUCUCGGUCACCAACAUGCACGAGGGCCCCAUAAUGUUGCGUGUGCUGAACCUGAGCUUCGACACAAGAUUGCCCAGCUAUCGCGCAUUCUGGAGGUGAGGGAUAACGAGAUACUACAUUUGCGUCAGAGCCUUGUGAAACAGACACUCGGAGGGGAUACUUCGGACAAAGACGGCGGGCAGUUGCGUAUCAGACUGCUGCAGGUCGAAGAGCAGCUGAGAGAAAAGCACAACUUAGUGGCCACACAGAACUUGGAAGCAGGUAAAAUGCGGGAGACCAUUAGCUCUCUUCGUGCUGGCGUGACGAAGCUGGAAGCUGAGCUUGGCUCGCAUCGACAAGGGUUGCAGCAGUGUGCUGCACAGCUCGCCAGCAAAGAUGAGGACAUCGCGACAAAGCAAGGACAGAUCACGCAGCUUCACCGCACAAUAUCAUCACUUGAAAAGGAGAGGACUCAGCUCAAGGAUGAGCUUAGCAUCCAGAAGCGCAGGGUCCAGCAACUGGGCAACCCACUUGCCCAACACAAUAAUGAAAGCGAAGCGCCGAACACCACUUCCACCAAGGAUAACGAGGAAACCAUCGCGUCCCUGCACCAGCAGCUUUUCGAAACCGGUCACGAGAAGGACACCCUCCAGCAUCAAACUGCUGCUGCAGCGUCCGACGUCGACACCCUGAGAUCGCAACUCGCCGACGCGACUGCCACCAUCGAGCGACUCACCGAAGCAGCAGCGACGAGAGAAGCGGCAAUCGCGGCCCUACAAGCCGACAUUAGGACAGUCACCGCCAGAGAGGGCACAGCGAACGAAGUGAUCGUCACCCUCGAGUUGGAAAACGCCGACCUCCAGGCCCGGCUCACGGCCGCCACGUCCCGGACGGCCAGGCUGCGGGAGGAGAUGGCCGGUCUGGCCGAGUCGAAUGCCGAGCUGCAGAGAGACGGGAGACGCAGGGCGGCAGAGCUGGAGGGGCUCAGGUCGAAGCUGGCCGAGCUGAUGGCGGAGGGUGAGGUGCUGGAGGAGUGUUUGGCCAAGCGGGACGGGUGCCUCGAGAGAAUGCGAGAGCUCCUCAUGACGAUGCCGCAGGGGAUGGAGAGUAGGAGGCAUAAAUAA